GAGACAGUGGAUCUAAAUUAACUUCCUCUAACUCAUGAUUUUGCACAUAAAGAAAUAAUUGAGUGUUCAGUAAAUGAUAUGCCUUUGUGUGUUUUCUGAACAGGGUUUCAAAGAACCCAGGAAAUACAUUGCUGCACAAGGUCCCAGGGAUGAAACCGUUGAUGAUUUCUGGAGGAUGAUCUGGGAACAGAAAGCCACAGUCAUUGUCAUGGUCACUCGAUGUGAAGAAGGAAACAGGAACAAGUGUGCAGAAUACUGGCCGUCAAUGGAAGAGGGCACACGGACUUUUGGAGAUGUUGUGGUAAAGAUCACAGAGCACAAAAGGUGUCCAGAUUAUAUCAUUCAGAAGUUGAACAUUACAAACAAAAAAGAAAAAGCAACCGGAAGAGAGGUGACUCACAUUCAGUUCACCAGCUGGCCUGACCACGGGGUUCCUGAGGAUCCUCACCUGCUCCUCAAGCUGAGAAGGAGAGUGAACGCUUUCAGCAACUUCUUCAGUGGCCCCAUUGUGGUGCACUGCAGUGCUGGUGUUGGACGCACAGGCACUUAUAUUGGAAUUGACGCCAUGCUAGAAGGCCUGGAGGCAGAGAACAAAGUGGACGUUUAUGGUUAUGUCGUCAAGCUAAGGCGACAGAGGUGCCUGAUGGUUCAAGUGGAGGCACAGUAUAUCUUGAUCCACCAGGCCUUGGUGGAAUACAACCAAUUUGGGGAAACGGAAGUGAGUUUGUCUGAAUUACAUCCAUAUCUACCUAACAUGAAGAAAAGAGAUCCUCCCAGUGAGCCGUCUCCCCUAGAGGCUGAAUUCCAGAGACUUCCCUCGUAUAGGAGCUGGAGGACACAGCACAUUGGAAAUCAAGAACAAAAUAAAAGUAAAAACAGGAACUCUAACAUCAUUCCAUAUGACUUUAACAGAGUGCCACUUAAACAUGAACUAGAGAUGAGCAAAGAGAGUGAGCAUGAUUCAGAUGAAUCUUCUGAUGAUGACAGUGACUCAGAGGAAACAAGUAAAUACAUCAAUGCGUCAUUUAUAAUGAGUUACUGGAAACCUGAAGUGAUGAUUGCUGCUCAGGGACCACUAAAAGAGACCAUUGGCGACUUUUGGCAGAUGAUAUUCCAAAGAAAAGUCAAAGUUAUUGUUAUGCUGACAGGGCUGAAGAACGGAGACCAGGAAGUCUGUGCUCAGUACUGGGGAGAAGGAAAGCAGACAUAUGGAGAUAUACAAGUUGAUAUGAAAGACACCAACCAAUCUUCAGCUUAUACCCUCCGUGUAUUUGAACUGAGACAUUCCAAGAGGAAAGAUUUUCGGACUGUGUACCAGUACCAGUAUAAUAACUGGAAUGUGGAUGAGCUUCCUCCAGAACCCAAAGAAUUAAUCUCUAUGAUUCAGAUUCUCAAAGAAAAACUUCCCAAGAAGAAUUCCACUGAAGGAACUAAGCAUCACAAGAAUGUGCCUCUCCUCAUUCACUGCGGAGAUGGAUCUCAGCAAACAGGACUGUUUUGUGCUUUGUUAAAUCUCUUGGAAAGUGCAGAAACGGAAGAAGUGAUAGAUGUUUUUCAAGUAGUAAAAUCUCUGCGCAGAGCUAGACCAGGAAUGGUUCCCACAUUUGAGCAAUACCAAUUCCUAUACGAUAUCGUUGCUAGUGCCUAUCCUGCCCAGAAUGGACAAAUAAAGAAAAGCAACAAUCAAGAAGAUAAAAUUGAAUUUGAUAAUGAAUUGGACAAAGCAAAACAGGAUGCUAAUUGUGUGAGUUCACCUGAUGCCCUUGAUAAGGCCAAUGAAGGAAAUAAAGAAGAUGAAGGUGCUAAAGUCACAAGUAGCCCUGAGGAGCCAGAACAUUCCGCCAAUGGUCCUGCGAGUCCAGGUUUAACUCAAAGUGCAUAGGAAAAGAUGUAUACAGGACUCAUUGUGUUGUGUUAUUUCUAUUUUUCUAGGAGUAGGAUGGCAAAAUAGAUAAACAGUGGAUUAACGAAGUGCAUUGGACCAAUAUUUGUGAGAACUUUCUAUUUUGCUACAGUAGAAACAUAUUUAAGAUAGUUUUGCUAAAAUGUUUUGUACAGUCUUUUGCAUAUGUUAAAAUUUUACCCACGAUUAAGCAAAAAAUAACGUCUUUGUAGACUUAGAUUGUGUGUGUGUGUAUGUGUGUGUGUGUGUGUGUGUGAGAGAGAGAGAGAGACACAGAGACAGAGACAGAGAGAAACAGAGAUGGCAACAGGAAAGGGAGAGAGGAUGCUUUUAAGUGAAUUUAAGUGCUUUUGAGAAACCUUGCCUUUUUUUGUAGAAAAAACCCAUUUUAUGUUGAACAUAUUAAUUUAGCUUAAAGGACCUAUUUUUUAAAUCAUAAAUUGUGUGUGGGAUCUAAGAAUAAAAUGUACAUUUCUGAAACGACCUCAAGAUGUCCUCCUUGUUCUACUCAUAUAAAUCUUAUAGUUUACUAUUUUACUUCUAGAAAUAGACAUAAAAGUAGUGUGUGUGUGUGUGUGUGUGUGUGUGUGUUUGUGUAGUUACUACAAGAAAGUUAACUAUAUUAACAUUUGGAAAUCUUACAUUCCAUAUGUUAGCAUUUAGUCCCUAUCUUUCAAGUUCAUUUAAUCUAAUUUAAAAUUUUCAAGCAAGCCUAUCUUGUUAUAGUCACAUGGUGUUUAUAAUUUUGCAGUAAUCUCUGUAUAAUAUGUGAAAUUCAUUGCUUGAUACUUUUGACCAAAAAUUAUGUGUGUUGCAGUUGAAUUUAAAUAAACAUCUUUAAACAAAUGCAA